GCCUCCAGAGGUCUCCAUAAAUUAUCUGCUCUUAAGUCGCCUUCUCCUGCCCGACCUCGACUUCUUUUCCUCUGCACAGCCUCUCGCAAACAUCCAAUAUCUGAGGCCAGAUCGAUCGCCUUACACAAACUUACAACCCACCAUGUCUGCCUCCUCUCCGGUCCCGAGGCCUUCAAGGCCCUCAAGGACUCUUCGCAGAGUCAGCUCCAGCGAGAUCACUCUCAGCACGUUGAACCUGCGCUCUCCAACCGUAGUCGUUCCACCCAAGCACUUGAUGGCACCCAGUGACGCCCACGAAACCGCCGCGGCAAUGGAAUUGGCCAGGCAUGAACUUGAAGAUGCCACCUCACCUCUAUCGUCUCCAUCGACACCACCGGUCACCUCUGUGACGGACAAGUUUGCCUUUGCCUUUGAUAUCGAUGGUGUCCUGAUCCGUGGUGGUCGGCCAAUUCCAGAAGCUAUUGAGGCCAUGAAAGUCCUUAACGGCGAAAACGAAUAUGGUGUCAAGGUUCCCUACAUUUUCGUCACUAACGGGGGCGGCAAGUCUGAACAAGAACGAUGUGUUCAGCUCAGCAAGCAACUCGACAUCGAAGUCUCGCCUGGCCAAUUCAUCUGCGGACACACGCCGAUGAGAGAGAUGGCCGAGAAGUACAAGACUGUACUUGUCGUUGGAGGUGAAGGAGAGAAAUGCAGGCAGGUUGCCGAAAGCUAUGGGUUCAAGGACGUCGUCACCCCGGGCGACAUCAUCAAAUACGAUCCAGACACGACUCCGUUCCGCAAGCUCACCGAAGACGAGCUGGAGAAUUCGAAAUCCAGGAACUUCGCAGAGACCAAGAUCGAGGCCAUUUUCGUCUUUGCUGACAGCAGAGAUUGGGCUGGAGACCAACAGAUCAUCUUGGAUCUACUCAUGUCCAAGGGUGGCUAUCUUGGCACGCGCUCCGAGACUUUUGACGAGGGCCCGCCAGUAUUCUUCUCUCACAAUGAUGUCGUAUGGUCUGCAUCUCACGAUCUCACCCGUCUUGGCAUGGGGGCGCUUCGUCUUUCCCUCGAGGCCAUGUUCAAGGCUGUGACUGGCAAGGAGCUGAACACGACCGCGUUUGGCAAGCCACAAAUCGGAACUUUCCAGUUCGCCACGAGACUGCUCCAGCAAUGGCGUCGAGAUACCCAUGGCAUCGAUGCGCCCCCCGAGACCGUCUACUUUGUUGGCGAUACACCCGAGUCAGACAUUCGCGGAACAAACGAGUUCAACAAGCAAUCUGAAAGUCUCUGGUACUCUAUUCUUGUGAAGACUGGCGUCUACCAGCCGGGCACCAAGCCCAAGUUUGAGCCCAAGGCUACGGUCGAAAACGUCCUCGAAGCUGUCUUGCACGGCAUCGAGCGUGAACAAGCUCGUGAGCAGAAGCGAGCAUUCAAGGAUGCUCUCGACGCGACCGAGGAUAGACUGAAGGGUACUACUGCUUUGGAUUCACGCCCGGACUCACCCCUGGACGAGCAGAAGAAUCCAUAAGAGUCUUUGGAUGCGGCGGCACAAACCAUCCAGCACGGAUCCUGGGCUUCUACUGCAACAACAAGAUCGAAUGAUUUAGGGAUAUGAUUAUGGCGUUCUGCAUUAGUCACGGCGCAACGGAAUUCCGAGAUUCUUUGAUACCAAUGAUACCCGCCUCACGAUGAAGGCGGAACAUUCGAAACUCGAUAAAAUGAUAGAGGAAGAUGAAGAUGAUAAUAGAGUUGUUAGAGAUGAGAGUAAGCAGAUGGGAAGUUUGAAACUCGUCCAUUGUG